AUGGCACAAUUCGCCGGAAGGCGCUGCGGUCGGCCCCCUCCCCGCUGGUUCUGCCUUUUGCUUCUGGCUCUCGUGGCCGUCGUGCUCACCGCGGCCGUGCUCGCCUUCCUCGUCCAUCUCCUGGGCGGCGCCAAGGGGACGCCCGCUGUGCGGGUGUGCCACACGCACGAGUGCCACGAGUACGGCCGCCGGCUGGGCAGCUCGCUGAACCAGUCGGUGCGGCCCUGCGACAGCUUCACGCAGUUCGUGUGCGACGGAUGGAGGCGCGAGAACGAGUUCAGCACCUACGAGCUACUCGUCGCGCAGGGGCUGGAGUCGGUGACGCGCACGUUGGACGCCUUAAACGUGCCGCAGACCGGGCAGAGCAGCGCGCAGCGUGGAGCAGCUCUCUACCGCAGCUGCGAAAAACUGCUGUACGGCGAACGCGACGACCUCGCUGCCGUCAGGGAAGCCCUCGGGGAAGCCGGCAUCACGUGGCCGAGACGUCCAGCCAGGGCGGACGUGCUCCACACCGUCCUGGUCACGUCGCUGCGUCUGGGCUGGGACGUCCUGUUCCGCUUCGUUUCGCUCCGUUCUCCACAGGCGCGGCUCGCCGUCAACUCAGGAAGAACCAUCGUCCUCAUCCUCAACAGGAACAAGAUGGCGUUGGAGUUGGCUCUCAGAGGCACGCGUCGGGGUUACUUCUCCAUGCUACGCAGCAGCAUGCUGCCACCUCAAGUGACCCAGAGGCACGAAACAGCGACAGUGGCGGACGAGGUCAGCUUCCAAGAGGUCACUGCAAUCGAAGAACUGACGCUGCCGAUGCUGAGCGAAGCCUACUACAUGCCCAGCGCAUCGCCCGAAAGCGCCUACCACAUGUCGGACAUUCCCGAGCUCGGACCACUCGGAUUAUCCCGGGCGAGGUGGUUGGCGGCGCUGCGCAAGUUUGGCCUGGGUGACGUGACGGAGUUUGUCACGGCCAACCCAGAGUACGUGCGGACGUUCCUGGACCUGUGGAAUCGCCUGGGAGAGAACACAACACACAUCUUUGUCUCCUGGUGCACGGUUCAGGUCGCGGCGCUGCUGGCCAACCAGAACCUGAUUGUCAACUUCUACGACGGUAACUCCCGGCGGGCACUGUCACUCCACGUGGCCUUCUGCUUGGGGCUGGCGUACGCCGUCUCCGGUCCCGUUCUCUUCUCCGGUUACAACCGCCACAUCCUGAAAACCACGGUGCGGCAAGAUGCCAGCCGCCUCCUUCUCGGCGUGCGCGAGUUCUUCAGGAAGCGACUGGUCCGUUGGCGCGGCUACGACAUGAACACCACCGUGGUCGGCCAGUGGUCCUCGCUGGACGUGGUGUUCAGGGAGUUGGGGAACGGCGACCGCACCAAAACUGGGGACGCUGUCGGCGGCUCCGGUAGUAGGCCUAGUGGCGCCGCCGAAAAUACUACCGGCGGCGGCGUGGUGCCGGACCUGACCGAGGAUUCCCUGGUCGCCAACCUUCGCAAGGUGUCCUCGCCCGUUGCCAAGGGGGUCCGUGAUGAUGACGCCCGUGGCGACGCGGAGGAAAGCGCCGUCUCCGUCUCUAUCAGUGUGAUGCGCCUGUUGGCCGUGUCUAGGGCGAACCGCGAUUUCACGCUUGUGCCUUACGCCCUCUCGUUCCCGCACUUCGACGACCACCUUCCCGCGGCCGUAAACUACGGUGGGCUCGGAGCCGAAGUGGCCAGGGCGCUAGGCGUACUCGUCUCGAAUGCCUACCGCUCCCACCCGACGUCGAGGGUCUGGCUCGAAGAUCUCGCCCAUUGUCUCAGCACUAGCCCGUUCGCGGACGGUGUCGGCGUCGACGUGGCCGAGGCGCUGUCCCUCGGGGCCCUGGUGGACGCGUAUGAGGAUGUCCGAGCCGACGUGGCUGCGGCGAAGCUCCCUGGACUCGAGUCGUACACCGACCUGCAGCUCUUGUUCAUGGCUCUGUGCUUCGCCAAGUGCCGAGGCAGCGGCGCCCGAAAGACGCCGCUGUGGGCCUGUAACCUGCCGCUCAUGUACUCGCCGCAGUUCGCUCGUGCCUUUGGCUGCGCGGUCGGCACUCCCAUGAACCAGCUUAACCAGUGUCCAACGAUGUGA